AUGGAACUCAACCGAGUACAUUUUCGCGCCAUAAUUUAUUACAACUUUCAGAGACAAUUGUCGCAACAAGAAUGCCUUGCUGAGUUACUGUCUGUUUUCGGCAGCGAAGCGCCACAUCAGUCGACAAUUUCCCGUUGGUAUGGAGAAUUCAAACGUGGACGGGAAAACGUGGAUGUUGUGCGCAAACUCAUCAUUGAAGAUAGACAUAAAAAUUUACAUGACGAAUUAGGAGUAAGAAAAUUAGUUUCUCGUUGGAUACCCCACCUGUUGACUGAAGGGCAGAAAGCAGCCAGGGUUAAUUGGUGUCAAAAAACGCUUGACCGUUUAAAUUCCGUAAACUCAAAAAAUGUGUACAGCAUUGAUAGUGGUGACGAAUCGUGGAUUUACUGUUAUGAACAAGAAAAUAAACGAUAUGUUUCGAAAAAGAUGGUCGCGACGUUUGUGUCAAAAGCGGGUCAUAUUGCAACUAUUCCUCUUCAUGAGCAAAGAACUGUUACUGCGGAUUGGCAUACCACCAUUUGUUUGCCAAAAAAUCAUCCACCACCAAGACAUGCAAGCUCGCACACAGCCCAAAAAACAAGGCAGUAUUUAACGGAAGAAAACGUGGAGUUUUUGUAUCAUCCUCCAUAUAGUCCCGAUCUAAGUCCUAACGAUUUCUUUACUUUCCCGAAAAUUAAAAACAGACUGCGUGGUCAAAGGUUCCAGUCACCAGAAGAAGCAGUUGACGCAUUCAAAAAUGCCGUUUUGGAUAUGCCAGCAAACAAGUGGAAUAAGUGCUUCGAAAAUUGGAUUGAGCGCAUGCAAACUUCUUAA